AUUUUUCUAUUUCUUUAAUCGUGUCAAAUCAUGUCAAAUCACCCCCCAAACCUGGAAGUCGUGGGCCAAUGAUCCAUAACCACUCGAAGGCGAUUAUGUAUCUCGAUGCGCCGCAGUAGGUCCCUGUUGCUAUGCCUUGUCGUCUCGAUCCUUUCAAUUUUUUCUGGUAACGAGGAGCAUCCGCCAAAUGCGAGAUCGAAAAAGGGAUCCAUCUUGGUGACAGGACGGAUACAUAUCAUAGGUUCCCGUGUAAUCCUUGCCCUAACUAAUGGGAAAACCCGUUUUGGAAUCGAUGCGGACUCUCACUGGUGCCAUCAACACCGCUUAUUGAAGUGUAUGGGCCUGGUGAUUGGCCCGUCGUCUUCACCCUUCCUAACAAUCCGCGUGGAACAAGGCAGGGGCAGGUGUCACGAGGACUCUUUCGACCAUGUCCUAAUGUCUAAAGCCUCUGACAUAUGCGGGACGAUACCACAAUAUUAGGUAUAUUUCUUCGAACAGCGUUUAGACCGCGAUCACUAUUUAUCGAGGUUCCAUGAAGUC